AAAUAUUGAUACUAGUGAUACGGUGAGGAAUAAGAGGAGCAGUGGGAUGAGAGCGCGAAGGAAAGCAAGAGUUGUAGAAGAAACGAACAGAGACAGUGGUUCUCACUUUCCGCAAAGACGAAUCAAUCAAGCCACGCCAAAACCGCAAUUCAACCUUCCAAUUCACGACAUGUAACAAAACACCAAUCACUCUCUUUUCGCUUUCGCCGUUUCUUUAGCAAUCGAUUUCAAACUCCGUUUUCCGUUCGCGCAUGGCGUCGCGAAACGGCGCCACCAGAAAGCUCUCCUUCGAGGUCCUGGGCCGGAGCCUCUCCGCCGACGACGAAUCGGAUCCAACGACCGAGCGCAGCCGCAAGAAGCGCAAGAACCGCGCCUCCAAGAGGAAAAAGAAGCUUCUCGAUCGCGCCCAAUCCUUCGAUCCGCAUUCGGCGCCCUUCCGAAACGGAGAAGCCUGCAACGGAUUCGAGCUCAACGCUAGCAGGUACUGCGCCGGCGGGGGGAAGAGCGUGUGCGCGGUUGCGGCGGCGCGCGAGGAGGAUCGUGAGGCUCCGACGGCCGUGCGCGGCGGCAUCGAGGGGGUUAAUUUUGGCGAAUUGAGGCAGAGAAACGUGAGUAGUGCCUCUGAGGAUUUGGCGGCUUCGGUGGCGCACGACGAGGGUGGGACUGGGAAGGAGGAUGGUGGUGUGAGUGCGAGUGCGAGUGCGAGUGCGAGUCCGGUGGAGAAAGCGACGAACGAGCCUGAUAGGAAUGUGGCUACGAAAUUGGAGACGGUGGAAUCGUUGGACUGGAAGCGUCUCAUGGCGGAUGAUCCGAAUUAUGUGUUUUCAGUGGACAAGUCUCCUGUAGCAUACUUUUUGGAGGAAAUGCACAAUGGAAAUUCUUUACGGAGCACAACCACCCUUGGGAAUGAAAAAGAACGAGAGAAAGUUUAUGACACUAUCUUCCGCUUGCCGUGGAGAUGCGAAUUGCUUAUAGAUGUUGGCUUCUUUGUCUGCUUCGAUUCAUUUCUUUCAUUAUUAACUGUUAUGCCAGCGAGGAUCAUGAUGACUAUUUGGAGGCUUCUAAAGACAAGGCAGUUCAAGAGGCUGUCAACAAUGGAAAUUUCAGAUUUUGGCUGUUUUCUUAUUAUGAGUUCUGGAGUGGUUCUUUUGCAGCGAACAGAUAUCAGCUUAAUAUAUCACAUGAUCCGUGGUCAGGGAACAAUAAAAUUAUAUGUGGUCUACAAUGUUUUAGAGAUAUUUGACAAAUUAUGUCAAAGUUUUAAUGGGGAUGUGUUGCAAACAUUAUUUCUUUCUGCUGAAGGACUUGCAAAUUGCCCCCCAGAAAGUAUGAGAUUCUGGAUUUGGAGAUUUGUUUCUGACCAAGCUUUAGCUGUGGCUGCUUCAAUUGUUCAUUCUUUUAUCUUAUUAGCUCAGGCAAUCACUUUAUCAACCUGUAUAGUUGCUCACAACAACGCAUUGUUAGCUUUGCUGGUGUCCAAUAAUUUUGCUGAGAUCAAAAGCAAUGUCUUUAAGCGAUACAGCAAGGAUAAUGUUCACAGUUUAGUUUACUUUGAUUCCGUGGAGAGAUUCCACAUUUCAUCAUUCAUCUUAUUCGUUUUGGCUCAAAAUAUUCUGGAGGCAGAGGGUCCCUGGUUUGAAAGUUUUCUCGUUAAUAUCCUCUUGGUUUAUGUAUGCGAAAUGAUUAUUGAUAUUAUCAAGCAUUCAUUCAUUGCUAAAUUCAAUGACAUUAAGCCCAUCGCAUACUCUGAGUUCCUUGAAGAUCUAUGUAAACAGACUCUAAAUAUGCAAACUGAGGGUGCAAAGAAAAACUUGACUUUUGUUCCCCUUGCUCCAGCAUGUGUGGUUAUUCGAGUUCUUACUCCAGUAUAUGCUGCAAACCUUCCUCCCAAUCCCCUUCCAUGGAGGCUUUUCUGGGUGCUUCUUUUCUCAGCAAUGACCUAUGUUAUGCUCACAAGCCUCAAGGUUCUCAUUGGCAUGGGCCUACAGAAGCAUGCAUAUUGGUAUGUUAAUCGCUGCAGAAGGAAGAAUCAUCAUCUUCAUGCAGAUUAAUUUGGAAGACAAAAAUACCGCUGUCUUUGAGUUAAUGUGAUCUGUUUGCCCAAGGAUUCCUCCUCGUGCCCAAAGAACAUUUGCUGAAAGAUCACAAGAGAUAAUUCAGAACACUUGACUCCUGAAUUAUCAUCGAUGCUGGGCACAUACGGGAACACCUUUUGGUUUAUAUGACUUGAAGGUGAGCCUAUAGAUGGUUUCCCCUUCCAAUUUUGACAGCAAGAUAUAAUUUGAUUAUUACAGAAUAAUAAUAUAAUGUUAUAGGCUGCAUAGUUGCAAUGGAUUGUAA